UGGAAACUUAAGGGUUAAGCAACUAUUUCCAAGGCCCGCUGCAGCGUAAUUCUCUGUAUUUUGACUUAUCAUUUUUAUAAAUAAAUCUUUGUGUUAACCUUUAAUUUGGACCAAGCCUCUCCUUCUUCAGAGAUUCUGAAACACGUAAAUUCUCUACAGUCUCCGUCCCACCUUUUUUUACGUGUGACGGCAGGUAAAGGCGCAGUGCGGCGGGGCUGCAGCACUCUCAGAUAGGAGUUAACCUGCUGGAUUUCUGGUCCUGCUGCACUCUGAUGCUCUCACUCUCUGUCUAUCGACAACUGGCUCUCCUCCUCCUCCUCCUCCUCACAACCCUCUGAAACCAGCCCCCGGAUAUUUUCUUUCGGACACUUUUCUUAGAGUUUCAUGAGUUGGAAUAGAAUUUGUCCUGAAGUGAGGCUGCUGGAAUGAAAUCUUCUGUCCUAGGAUCAGUUUGUGCUCUGCUCCUGCUGUUGCGGGUGCCUGCAUGCCGGGGUGAUGAGGUUACUUCCAACACAGGAAUGCUGAGCUAUGAAAGGGGAGAGCGAGGGGGGAAGACAUGCAAGAAAACCGUCACAGUGAACCCAUGCUGUUAUUUCCCCUGUCAGCACUGGGGUGUGUGUGUGAGAUAUGGUGAGGACAAGUACGAAUGUGACUGCACUCGUACCGGCUACAGCGGAGAAAACUGCACUGUCCCGGAGUUUUGGACCAGAGUCAGUCAGCUUUUCAAGCCCAGCCCAGAUGUGGUGCAUUACACACUCACCCAUUUCCACUGGCUCUGGGACAUCAUCAACUACACCUUCCUACGGGAUGUCCUAAUGCGGCUGGUUCUAACAGUGAGGUCUACCUUAAUACCGAAUCCUCCGACCUUCAACUCAAAGUAUGGCUACCUCAGCUGGGAAUCCUACCAUAAUCUGAGCUACUACACUCGGCUUCUGCCCCCAGUGCCAGAGGACUGCCCUACACCUCUGGGGGUCAAAGGCAAGGCUGGGCUGCCUGACCCUGAGCUGCUGGUUGAGAGGCUGCUGAAGAGAAGGACGUUCAGACCCGACCCCCAGGGCUCCAACCUCAUGUUUGCCUUCUUCGCACAGCACUUCACCCACCAGUUCUUUAAGACCUACAAUCGCAUGGGUCUGGGCUUCACGAAGGCUCUAUCGCAUGGGGUGGAUGCAGGGCACGUUUAUGGAGACAACCUGAAACGUCAGCUCCACCUCAGGCUUCACAAAGAUGGAAAACUCAAGUAUCAGUUAGUUGACGGCGAGAUGUUCCCUCCUUCUGUAGCUGAUGCACCCGUUAGGAUGAGCUACCCUGCUGGGAUCCCUCUAAAGCGUCAGAUGGCUAUUGGUCAGGAAGUGUUUGGACUCCUCCCCGGUUUGGGAAUGUUCGCCACGCUGUGGCUGAGGGAGCAUAACCGAGUAUGUGACAUCCUGAAGGCAGAGCAUCCCACCUGGGAUGAUGAGCAGCUUUUCCAGACCUCACGCCUCAUCAUCAUUGGUGAGACAAUAAAAAUAGUGAUAGAGGAAUACGUGCAGCACCUCAGUGGAUACCUGCUGCAGUUGAAAUUUGAUCCCACCCUGCUGUUUAACUCCAACUUCCAGUAUGGGAACCGAAUUUCUCUGGAGUUCAGCCAGCUCUACCACUGGCACCCUUUGAUGCCUAACAGCUUCUUUAUUAACAGAGAUGAACUGGCAUACUCACAGUUCAUUUUCAACACUUCUGUUCUCACAAACUACGGCAUUGAGAAGCUGGUGGAUGCCUUCUCUCGGCAAGUCGCUGGCCAGAUUGGCGGUGGCCAUAACAUCAAUGCUGCCGUGACCAAUGUGGCUGUGAGGACCAUAAAGGAGUCCCGCCAACUCCGCAUGCAGCCCUUCAACCAGUACAGGAAGCGUUUUAACCUCAAGCCAUACACAUCGUUUAGACAAUUCACUGAUAACGAGGAGAUAGCGCGCGAGCUUGAAGAAUUCUACGGUGACAUUGAUGCUCUUGAAUUUUAUCCUGGUUUGCUGUUGGAGAAAACACGAGAGGGGGCCAUAUUUGGAGAGAGCAUGGUGGAGAUGGGUGCUCCCUUCUCCCUUAAAGGCCUCAUGGGAAACCCCAUAUGUUCUCCAGGCUACUGGAAGCCCAGCACCUUUGGAGGCAAAGUCGGCUUUGACAUAGUAAACUCUGCCACACUGAAGAAGCUGGUCUGUCUGAACACCAGGACGUGUCCUUAUGUGGCGUUUAAAGUACCAACAAAGCAGCAAUCACAAAGAGGAAAUGAUGACAGUAAAGUAAGGACUGAUGAGCUAUGCAUCAUAUUCCAGGAGAGUGGUUUGCUGCAGCUAAAGGAGCUAAACCAGCAGAUUAACUGGAUUGAGAGCAGUUGGGAGUUGGUGAUAUUUUUAACGGUAGCUGGUCAGAAAUCAAGAGCCAUGACGACUUUAGAUGACAAGAUUCUCGGAGAGAAGCUGCAGUACUACUAUAGCAGCAGUGAGGAUGAAGGCAGCGACAACGAGGAUGAGGAUGGGGAGAACAAGACCAUCAGGGACGCUAGCGUCACUGAGCCUGAGAUAGACUACAGCGCCGAUGGAAGUGCUGUCAACACAGGACCAAAGGGUGUCAUCAAUGACUGGAGGAAGUACAAGCAGCUGGAGGUGGAGCAGAAACAAGAGCAGAAAAGAGAGAUGGAAAGACUGAUCAAGAAGCUGUCGAUGACCUGCCGCUCAGACCUCGACCUGGAAAAAGACAAAGAGAAACAGAAAGAUAUGCAGGACAAAAUCAAAGGAAAAAUGACCAUGCAAGAGUACAACAUGCUCCAGGAAGAAGAGGAUGACGAAGACUUCCUCCAGCAUUACCGUCUGCAGCGCAUUGAAGAGAUGCGGCGCCAGCUCUGCCGUGGCAAACGCUUUGCGCAGGUCUACGAGCUUAACAGCGGAGAGGACUUCCUGGAGGCUUUGGACAGGGAGGACCAAAGCACGCUGGUCAUGAUCCACAUCUACGAGCCGGACGUCCCGGGCUGUGAGGCCAUGAGAGGCAGUCUGAUGUGUCUGGCUCAGGAAUACCCGCUGGUCAAGUUCUGCAGCGUACGCAGCUCGGCCAUCAGCACCAGUGCGCUGUUCAAGGAAAGUGCUCUGCCUGCUCUGCUUGUUUACAAAGGAGGGGACCUGAUCGGCAACUUUGUGCGGGUCACAGACCAGCUCGGCGAAGACUUCUUUGCUGUAGACCUGGAGGCCCUUCUGCAGGAGUACGGCCUGCUGCCUGACAAGGCCCGCAUCGUCCCGAAGACGGUUCGCAAUGGAGCGAUCGUACAGAACACUGUGAGCGAUGAAGACUCCGACCUUGAUAUAGACUAGAGCCAUAAUAUCUAACAUGCAUUAUGCUUGGGGAAACAUGCGUACACAGUCUGCAUGGACUAUAGAUCAUUUUUUAUGUGUGUGGCCCCCCGUAGCGAUGAGGGACUGAGCCAGGAUUGCAUUGAAGCAAGUUAAUGCACACAAAACAUCAUGGCCCUGUGAGUUUUAUCAUGACCGCAAUCUAUAGUAAACAUAAGUUGUUAUUAUUAAUAAAAGUACAUUUUUUUUUUUGCCAUUAAUAAUAUCGAGGACCUGUUAUGCACAGUGAGAAUGAUGUAGAUGUUAGGUGAAAUGUUUUGUUUGAGCUGUGACUGUCAACUAUUUAUUCGUUGUGUAAGAACACAUUCCCUGUUUUUGUUUCUCGUGCGUCUUCAUCGUAUUAAAUGUGUUUCACUCUGUAGAAUACGAAUCCUGCAGCCCAAACUUACUUGUAGUUAAUUUUAUAACUUUUAUAUGUGCUGUACCAUUUCAAAUAGUGGGAAGAAUAAACAAAUGUUUGGACUCA